AUGACACUGGAGAUCGAGGCAGCGAUUCAUGCUGCCCGUGCCGAAGAGGCUGCCAAGAGGGCCAACAAGGGGAAGCCCGGGCCCGCAACAAAAUCCAUCGCAAACUCUGCGACCGCGACCAACGCCACGGGCAAGGAUGUUGAUGCUCAACGGGCAACACUACGAGGUUUUGCGAUUCAAGGAUGGGAAACCGCCAUCAAGAAGGUCCUCACGAAUGCAGGCACAUAUGCCAAACGCGCGAAGAACGAGGCUGUCCCAGCGACUGCAAGUAUGCCUUUGACUGACGCGAUGCGACUACUCAACCUGCUGGAGUUCACUCCUCGCAUGAAGUUUGUCACCGACAUGCACGACGAAAUCCUUGCUCACUCACGCACGUAUCCCGGUGGCAACGCCGGGGCCAAUUUCAAUCACGCUGCUAAAGAAAUGUGGGCUCGUGCUGACCAGAGUCACUGGGCUGCCGAGACACGGAAGGAUAUGGAAGCAGUCCCGAUCUCAGAGCUUAUUGCGAUGUUCAAGAACGGUCUGUGUAGUGCAUUGAGUACAAUUCUUGGCACUGGUCGCCUUGGCCACUUUGUUGCCACUCUACAGCUUGGCUACCAUGAUGCUGCCAAGGACCAAAUGGUCUUCGAAGUUGGCGAAGUUCUUCCCCCAGACUCGGGGAUUCAACGAGAGUUUCACGAGAUGUUCUCGACCGAGUCCGGUGCGCAGCUCCGCGCGAUGCACCAGUGGGCUGCAGAGACCCUCAGAGAUCUUUCCCAAGACAAGAAUGCUGCUGCAGAUAAUCAUGAACGACUCGGAGCGCCGCAACUACCCUUAUUCACCCUCUCUGACUCCCAACUGGAGUCCCUGACAGUUGCCGAGCUCACGACCGAGAUUACGGCCUUCUUGAAUGCCUCCUUCGCAUUCUCGCAUGAAGCUGUGACAAUCCCCUGGGACGACAUCCGUGCCAACCCAGCUCAUUAUUACGACACCGACAUGGUCAAGCUCCCUUUCCCACUGGAUGAUCCGUCAAGGUUAAAGCCCAGUCAACGCUUCGAUAUCGCCACAGCUCUCCGUGACCUUACGGGACCGUUGUUCCGCAAACCGGGGGACUCGGAUGCCGAUCAAUUGAACGACAACAAUAGUGAAGCAGCUAUUUCCCGUGAACGCGCUGAGGCUGACCACCUUGCGGCGGCAGCGGCAGAAGCAGCUCGCAUUGAAGCUCAACGUAUUGCCUCCGAAAAGGCUGAAACAGCUCGGAUCGCAGCGGUCGAGCGCGAAAAGGCCGACCGCGAAAAGGCCGAGCGCGAACAGACCGAGCGCGAACAGGCCGAGCGCGAACAGGCCGAGCGUGAGGAAGCGGAUCGCAAGGCAGCUGAAGCAGUGGAGAAAGAGAAGGCUGAUGCAGCCCAGAAGUUGGUUGACUACGAGGCAGCUGUUGCAGAGGCGAGGAAGAGGAGACAGAAAAUUCCUCCCCGGCCAGAGGGCCUGCCAGAGCCUGACCUUUCGGAUGCCAUUACUAAGCCACGCCCUCGUCGAAAGCGCGUUCAUGAUGAAGUUGAAGCCGAGGUUCCCGCUUCCCGCAUUCUGCGCUCGCACAAGGAAGCUGCUGACAAGCGCCCCACAAAACGCCGCCGUUGA